AUGAACUUGGAACAGAAGUUCCGUGAGGCUGUGGAUAUUGUUUUCCAGAGAUGGACGACGUUGGCUUUGGCAAUGGAUCAAGGCUGGGGGGGCCGAGACUCGCAUGCAAAAGGCAGGCAGCUCCAGGCCGAAGUGAUUGAGUACCUGGCCAAUGCUUCAAGGAAGAAGCGUCCUCCGAGCUGGGAAAAUCCUGGUGAUGUGGAGGACCUCUCGCAUUUCCUUUACAUGCGGAUAGACGAGUUGUUCAACACGGAAACCGAUGAUGGUAGCUGCGCAGAGGUUGCAGCUUUAUGUCUACGCUUGUUCAGCACGUGUCACGCCGGCGAUGGAGCUUUUGCAGACCAGGUUCUGCAGACUUGUCGGACCCAAGCUCCUCAAGACCUUUCCAAAAGUCAAGGAUCCCAACGAAUUGAGUAUGCCACCGAAGAAGACGAGCUGCUCGACAAAGUGGAUGGAAUGGAGAUUGAGGACGAUUCAGAAGAUCCGGAGGACAGCGAUAUCCAAGCUGAGGAUGCUGAAGGUAUUUUGCUACCUGGAAGUGAAUCUACGCACAACGGCAAAGGCUACGGGACCAGCAAGAAAGACAUAGAACCCGUGGUGGAUGAUGAUGGCUUCACUGCCGUCGUCAAGGGACGGCGCAGGCCACGCUAG